AUGUCCCAAACUAGCGGGAACCAGAUUCGGAAUGACACUCAGGGCGGUUUUCAACCACAAAAUAGCCAGCUGAAAUCCGACAUAAUGAGCGCGGCCGGAUUCACAAAUGGAGGGCAAUCUGGAAAUGGCAAGGCCUUGCCUAGAAGUAUUCUUACCUCUGGACAGAUGAGCGCCUCCGGAUUCAACUCGUGUCAGCACAUGCCAAAUGGAAGUUUCGCCGGCUCUAAUAUAGUGAGAUCAGGAUCCGGUCCAACUUCGGAUCGACGUCAAACUCAAACUGGUGGUUCAAGUCCCGGACUUUCUCCGCCCAGUGGAUCAUCUUCCAGUGGAUCGUCUUCUAGCGGUUCAUCUUCCAGCGGAUCAUCUACCGGCGUGACAUCGUCCGGAGGAUCAACUUCCGGUGGUUCUAGUUUUGGUGGUUCCUCGUCUGGAUCGGGAUCGAGCUCCGGCGCCUUGCAACAGAACAUGCAGCCACCAUCAUUUCUGUUAAACCCCUCUCAGUUCUUGAGUGGUGCAAGUGCUGGAGGGAGCGGGAGUAGCAGUGCUGGUACUAGCAGCGGAGGAAGUAGCGGUGGCGGAAGUAGCAGCGGUGGAAGUAGCAGCGGCUCUUCUGGUGGUAGCUCUUCCGGAAGUAGUCCUUCAAGUGGCACCUCCUCCACUGGAAGUACUUCUGGCGGUAGCCAAAUGCCUAGCUAUGAUCCAAACAAAGUGAACAUGAUCAAUGCAAACUUUAUGGACCCCUCCUCCUCCAAGCUGGGUCAAGGAGGCAGUGUAAGUGGAGGGUUCAAUCCUGACACCUUUAAUUCACAGUCAUUCAGCUUCUUCAACCCAUCAGCAUUCACAGGCAAACGUCGUCGUCAAACAGCGCUCAGAACAAAACGUCAGUCACAGACAGGUGGCAGCGGAGGACAAGCUCCCAGUUUCGAUCCAAACAGCGUAAACCAAUUAACUGCUAACAUGUUAGACCCGACCAAACAACAACUAGGAACAAGUAAUGGUGCUGGAUCUGUGAACGGCGCUUCGUUCGAUCCUGAUCAGUUCAAUACUAUGCAGUUCAACUUCUUCAAUCCACAAGCCCAGUCAGGCGGCGGCGGUGGUAGCGGCGGAGGCAGUAGCGGAGGAGUAUCUGCACCGAAGUUUGACGCAAACAAUGUGAACCAAGUCCAGACAAACUUCCUUGAUCCCUCCCAGUCUAAACUUGGACAGAGUGGUGGAGGAGGGGGCGGUGGCUCUACCGGAAGUUUCGAUCCGGACAAAUACAACUCCAUGUCUUUUAACUUUUUCAAUCCACAGGCACAAGUAGGAAGAUAAAAUGU